CGUGAAGAUGGCGGACGAGGAGGCCGAGCAGGAGCGCGGCGAGCGGAGCGACCCUUCCAGCGCUUUAAACGCGCUCACGACGCGACUGGAAGACAUAGCAGCGGCUCUGAAAAACAGCCAGGCGUCUCCCGACAAGCGAGCGUCACAGUAUUGCUACGAGUUCUGUCAGACGCUGGUGGAGUAUGCCAGUCUGUGGAGGAUUGAGGAGGAGCCGUUACCAGUUCUGGAGGUUUACAUCAUUGCACUGCUGAGCUUUGCACAGGCGUCGCCGUACCUUUCCACCCAGUGUGAAGAGGUGCCAGUCCUGCUCGAACGGCUCUCGCUGAGUUGUGCAGAGUUGCUGCUUUCUCUGCCCCGGAAUAUCCCAGAUGCAUUGUGGGACAGGUUCAGGUCAUCUGUCCAGAUUGCCCAUUCUCUGGUACAGGAGAAGGGAAUCAGCAAUCUGAUGAUCCUCUCCACCAUCGCACGAGAGCAAGGGGUCUGGAGCAAUCCUACGCUGCAGGGCAUUCUCACGAACCACAUGCCACCGCAAGAGAAAGUCUGCGAGUUCCUCACUCUGGAAGGACAAACACUGCUGAGGAUGCGAUUGAAGCACUUGAUCAAAGAGAGCAGUGUGGAUCAGGCUGCGUUGCUGGCCAAGGCCUGUGCUGAGCUCUCUGAAUUUGAGGAGAAGGGACACUUUAAGCAGAUGUUCCUGGCUUGUUUGUGCACUGCUGCUCCGCAGGGUGUUGUAAUGCAAGAGCUCUCAAGAGUGGACUGUCGUGAUGCUUUAGAGAUGAUUUGCAACCUUGAGGCUGACGGUGACGAGAAAGCUGCGUUUACGUUGUGUUCUGGUUUUUUGACCCGUCAGAUUCUUCAAGAGGACUCCUACUGUGCUUGGGAGUUGACUCUGUUCUGGGGGAAACUGCUCAAACGAUUAGAGUCUUCAGAGCAAGGCUUUUUGGACAGAUGCCGUCAGAUGUCAUUUCUGUCUAAAACUGUAUUCCACCUUCUUUUUUUCAUUAAAGUCAUCCAGUCAGAGAUGGACAGAGCUGGACUUUCGACUUGCGUUGAGCUCUGUAUACGAGCUCUGCGAUUGGAGUCGUGCGAAGGAAGCACCAAGGCCACUGUCUGCAAAACCAUUUCCUGCCUCUUACCCUCGGACCUGGAGGUCAAAAGGGCCUGCCAGCUGACAGAGUUUCUCCUGGAGCCAACCGUGGACUCUUACUAUGCAGUGGAAACUCUUUACAAUGAGCCAGACCAGAAGCUAGACGAGGAAGAUCUACCAGUACCAAACUCGCUGCGCUGUGAGCUCCUUUUAGUCCUUAAAACCCAGUGGCCUUUUGAUCCUGAGUUCUGGAACUGGAAGGCAUUAAAACGCCACUGUUUAGGUCUUAUGGGGGAGGAGGCCUCAAUUGUGUCCUCCAUUGAUGAACUGAACGACGGUGACCCUGAGGGCUUAGCUGAAGAGACCAGCAUAUUUAGUGAGGAGUUCAAGGAAGUCUCGCAGCGUUUUGUGGAUGCAACAAAUGAACUAAACGAAAUAGCAGAUCAGAGGCAGAAAAACAAAGAGUUGAAAAAGUUGAGAGAAAAAGGUUUUGUCUCAGCUAGGUUUAGAAAUUGGCAAGCUUACAUGCAGUACUGUGUUUUAUGCGAUAAGGAGUUUCUUGGUCACCGAAUAGUGCGUCAUGCGCAGACUCACUUCAAAGAUGGAAGCUACACCUGCCCGAUAUGUACAGAGACAUUCGAAACGAGAGAGACUCUUGAACCACAUGUUGCAUCGCAUGUGAAACUUUCAUGCAAAGAGCGUCUCGCUGCAAUGAAGACUAGCAAGCAGUUAGCCAACCCCAAAACAGCGGCUCCUGUCAUAGCUGCCCUGAAAGCUAAAAGCAGUGAAAAUCAGGUGCGUAAGACCAAGACAAAAAAUAACUCUGGUGGGCAGUCGCAUAAACUUAGCAAUGGAGAUGCCAAUGACUCUGAGUGCUUAGAUUUCAAGGGUGGCUGUGAAGGGAAUAUUUGUCCGGUCCAUAGCUGCAGGAGGGGAUUUAAAUAUUUCCGCAAUCUUGUUGCCCAUGUGAAAGAUCAUGGCGACAACGAAGAAGCAAAGCGAUUCCUUGAAAUGCAGAGCACAAAAGUGGUGUGCCAGUAUUGCCGUCGUCAGUUUGUCAGUGUCGAUCACCUAAACGAUCACCUCCAGAUGCACUGUGGCACCAAACCAUACAUUUGCAUACAGCUUAAUUGCAAAGCCAGCUUUGACUCCAAUACCGAACUUAUUGUACAUAAGAAAGACCACCCGGUCUUCAAGGCUAAGUGUAUGUUUCCGGGUUGCGGCAAGAUUUUUAAUGAAGCCUACAAACUGUAUGACCAUGAGGCACAGCAUUAUAAAACAUUUACCUGCAAAGCACCAGACUGUGGUAAAGUGUUUCAUUCACAGUCUGAGUUAGACCUCCAUGCAGAGGGCCAUGUCACAAAAGUGGAAGGCCAGGGCACUGACAGUCAAAGUGUUCAACCAGCAGAACCUCAUCCAGACCACUCCAAUCUAAAUGAUCAGGGCUGUGCUCAGGCUGGCUCUCUCUCUGUCACCCAUCUGAAUGAUAAUGGCACAGGCUCUCAGGUGGAUCCAUCUAGCAUGGUGAUAGUAAAGCAUUCUGUUGAAAAUAUGCUAAAUAGCGCUUUUGAGGUUUCUGAUCAAGAGUGUGUCAAUCCUGGGACAAGUAAACCUGAGCAACAACACAUCCAUCAGCAUAUCCCCCAGAUCAAUGACCACCUGGGCCAGUCAGCCAUGGACACUCACAUGCCUCACCUAAAUCAGCAUAGACCAGAAGAAUCUCUUCUGGAGGCCUUGAUGAGUGAUUCAGAUCCUAUGCCGUCUACAUCUUCAUACCAGAGUGUAUUGGAGGACUUUCUGCCUGUCCCACCAGCUGACGGUCAGCUGCAGACAGUUGAUUCAGGUGCUACUCCAUUAUACAACAAUAACAAUGAACUAUUUAGGCAGUAUAAUCCCAAUCCUUUGCCUCCAGUUCAGGCAUCAUAUCAGAGCAUGUAUAGCAGUAACAUGACGACCCCAACACAGGCCUCCCACAAUGCAACACCACUUGUCUCGUUGAAGCCCGUCAGUGGGGAUCCACAGCGUAUCUCAAACUUUAUUCAGAAUGCAUCUCAAAGUGAGCAACAACCUGCGGGAGACACAGCCGAAGUCCCUGUCGAGUCAGUUUCGCAAUUUGAUGACGUGAACUCAGAUGAUGGCCUAAUUCGCACUAUUUCAUCCGUGUUUUCAGGAAGUGCGGGCAAUGAUCAGCCCAACCAUACACCCAUAACCAGAGAGGAUGAAGUGUUGGAAAUCCAAAAAGCUCUUGAGAAGCUUGACCUAGACAGAGAAAUCAGUGAAGUCACCAGAACUGUGGCUAGUCCUGUGGUGAAUGAUGAACAGCUUAAUAAGCCAGAGUCCAAAGAUUUGCCCGUUGAGUUACCAAGUUAUGUGAAACCAUUUGCAUGUGACACAAAUGGUUGUAAUUACAGCGCCAUGACAAAAGAUGCUCUUUUUAAACACCUCGUCAAGCUGCACAAUUAUACAGAUGACAUGCUUACUCAAAUGAAAGACCAGUUUAAUGUUGCCCCUUUCAGCUGUCAAAAAUGUUCCAAGUCCUUCACGCGCAACUCCAACCUCAAAGCACAUUAUUUGACGAUUCACAACUUUUCACAGGAAGACAUAAAGAAGAUGAAAAUUAAGUCUCGGUCCAAUCACAGGCUCCCAGGGAGUGACAGAGGAAGCCCUUGUCCAGUGCCAGAAAUCCCCAAUUUAGUUAAAAACACUCAACUUGUGGAUGCACGUCAAAAGCAGAAACAUGUUAAAUGUGCAUCAGACUCUAUUAAAAAAGAUAAUGUCAAAAUAUCACGGUGCAUCACUCCAUCGCUUGUCAAGCAAUCGUCUUUUGUGUCUCAAGGCAAAAGUCUUGCAAUGGGAACUACGACAGUAACUCCGCAAAAUCGGAUGCCAUUUCAGCCAUCAGUGAUUGUGUCUGGCUGUUCUUCAGUGACUCCAAAAAUGGAUCAGAAUGCAAAAGGAUGGUUUUCCACAAAGUCCCCAGAUUCUGGUCCGACCCAUGUGUCCCCAUUAAAAGAGAUUCUACCCAUAGCCCCUUUUCCCCAGAAUCCUUCAGCCACAGUACAAACACAAAAUCAGUCCUUGGACAAAAGGCCCAAACCUCCUAGCAAGCCUCGAGUGGCAAAGCCAAGAGAAUCUCCCAAAAAAACGAAAGAGAAAAAAUCAGAGGCCGAUGACAUUUUUAGCCCUUACAGACCUUACCGUUGUGUUCACCAGGGCUGUGUGGCAGCUUUUACAAUUCAACACAAUUUGAUCCUACAUUAUAAAGCCGUGCACCAGUCUGAGUUGCCUAAAUUUGAGGUCAACAGUCAAGAUGAACAGAAUGAAGAGGAGGCUGAGGACAAGGAUAGAAAUGAAGAGAGUGACGACAAGCUGGACAUGGACGUCAAGGAGGUGGAUGAGUUCAGGUGUCAGGUCAAAGACUGUUCUUGCAUUUUUCAGUCAGUUCCAGACUUGCUCCAGCACUACCUUCAGCUCCACAAAUUAACCCUUGAGAAAGCAGGUGCCAUGAUGUGCAGUAUCAACCUAGGCAGGUUUCAGUGCGAUCAACCGAACUGCUCAGAGACCUUCACUGCUUUCUGGAAAUAUAUCGGCCAUGUGGAUCAAGAACAUAAAGAAACCAAGCUCUCAAAAGUCGACCCCGUGGAAGGAAUGUUCAGAUGCCCCAUGGAAGGAUGUGAAUGCGCGUACAGCACACGGUCAAAUCUACUGCGACACACCAUGAAGAAACACCAAGACGUGUACAAACGGCUGCUCAUGAACCCACGGGAAGGCAAGAGUGGGGUUAAACUCGGUCGUCCCAGGAAGUACAAAACUGACGUUGUCGAGAAAGAGAACAGAGAAGCUAACAAGAAACCCGUUAAGAAAGAAGCAGUUAAAAAGAGAAAAGUCAAUAAAAAUAACUGGACCAAAUAUGGGAAACCCAUUUUGAAAACACAGGAAGAAGCUUCUGCCUUGUGCACCAAACGCUUGCAACUGCAGUACGCUUGUAUGAUAAAGGGUUGCGAAACGGUGACCAGUUCAGAGCGAAAUAUAAUGAAACAUUAUCUUCAGCAUGGACUCCCAAAACAGUACCUGGAAGAACAGAGGAGCAACUUCAUAUACUGUAAAAAGUUACCCCGAUCCAGAUACAAGCGCAUCGCUUCCAGAAGCGACGACACGGAUAAUUCAGCGGAGAGCUCCAUCGAGACGACUGAGAAUGAGGAAGUCGCUGAGCCUGGCCAGAGUGAGUCCGAGUUCUCCAAGCCUACUUCUGAGAAAGAAAGCACAGAGGAUGCCGAUCUGUCCGACGGAAAGCCUUCUACAGACACGUGCUCGGAGAUAUCUGUGGUAGUUAAGAGACGGAGAGGACGUCCACGCAAGGGGGAGAGAGUAUCGGACAAGUCCUUAGGACCUAAAAGGGUGACAAGACUUAGAACCGCAAGGAGUUCUGCAGUCAAUUACGUGGACUUGAACUCUGACUCCACGUCCUCUAGCACUACCAUGGCACAGGAAGAUGCCUCUGGUCAAAAUACACCACUGAGUUCAUUCAAGCCCAUGGGAUUUGAGGUGUCCUUUCUUCAGUUUCUGCAGGAAUCGAAGACGUCCCAGAAGAGGAAAGCUACGGUACCCUUGAACGGAAAUGCACGCAAAAAAAUGACCAAAACAUUCAGUGCUUUCCACCUGAAGACUGCGACGGUCGUGUGCAAAAGAUCUGAUGCCCAAUUGCAUUCGAGAGAAGUCCUGCAACUUGUUGAAUUUAAGAAUCCCCAGAAGUUGACCUCGCUCAGCAACGUCACCUUUGAGGUGCAAAAGGUUUUUUCGUGUGUCUAUGAAAUUCUUCUCAAGCAGCUUCAUGAAAUGCGACCCACGGUGAUCCUUCAAAAAGAGGAUUAAUGUACAGACCCUUGUGUCAUGUUGUCUGAACUCAGGAUAAGGUUGAUAGAUAACUUGCUGCAAACCAGUGCCCAAUCAUUAGUUGUACGUGGUAGUUGAUCUCUAGCUGGAGUUGAAUGCUGAAUGAUCGUUGCUUGUCAAGGAGUAGUGGGAUGUUUGAUGAUCCGGAAAACACUACACACCCCACUAUCUUAAAGGUCCCUAGUGCGAUGUUUAUUACUUAACAGAACUGUGUAUGUUAAGCUCACUUUAUAGUUGCAGUAGAUGAUGAAAUACCUCUAAAGCAUGUAUGUCCUUAUGAAGCUGUUCAGCACAUUUCUGUUGCCUUUGGAGUUGAUUUUUUCUUUUUGAGUGUUGGAUAGACUCGUAAUUUUUAAUAUUCCAUUGGACAUUUUUCUAUCCAGCUGAAAGUGAACCAUUAUCAAUUCUGAUGUUAUGUAGUGCUGUGUAUAAUUAGUAACUGUUUUGGUCUCGUUUACCUUGUAAAUCUGAAAUUUGUCAAUAAUGUUGUGUGUGUGGCUCUUUGAUCAACCACUGCCACCAGCAGUCUGUAUGUUAAUCAAUAGCAACAAAUUUAAUACAGCUUGCAUUUUGUUACUCUAUGUUCGUCUCAUCCUUACAUGCACAAGACUUUAAAAGUUCAGCAUAGUAAAUGUUUUAUUGAAAUUCUAAAACUGCUAUGAGGGCUAUGUUUACGGGAUCGAACAUACGAUUAGCUCAGUAUAAACACAGUUAUACCAUAUAUGCAUGGAAACAAAAGUAGUUUAGUAUCUAUUGACAUUGACUGUAUAUGUCAGGCCAUAGUGGUAAAUGCUUUUAAAGUUGAGUCAUUUCAUUUUUCUUUCGGUUCUUAAGCCACUUAGUUUUUAAUAACACACUGAUCCGUCUUGGUUAUCUGACAGGGGUAUUUAUUUUAGACAUGUAAAAUAAUCACUGAACAUAAAGUCCUCAUAAGUACAGUUAGUUCCACUUUAUAUUAGGUGUCUUUAACUACUAUGUACUUGCAUCAUAAAUAAUGAAUGGUUUGGUACAAUGUACUUAUGUUCAUGUUGAAUUGCAAAACACUUUAGCUGCUAUUGAGGUGAAAUACAGUUAAAGUUCGGGGCAUGGUUAGGGUGGGUUAAUGGUUAGCAGUGUAAUUAUAGGUGUAACUACAGAAAGGUGUUUUUAAAUGUAAGUACAGUGUGAAAACUUGUAUGCACA